AUGACACUCGCCAAGCAUUUGAUUCUUGAUUCCAACGGUGUUACUAUUCAUACUUAUAAUAUAUUAAUAAUGGCUGCAACAGCAUUUCACCAAGCAUUUGCUACUCUUCAAUCCCAUGGUUACUUUGGUGAUUCGGGUCUCAAUCAGGAGAAUGGAAAUGCUUCAUUUAGGUUGAUAUCUAAAGGUGUUAAGCUAGAUAGCACUCUGUUGGGAAGAGGAACUUACUGCUCUAGAAAGAAAUUUUUUAGCAUUAGUGAAGCCUCGACUUCUCGGACUACAAUUUUCGGUUCUGUUUCUUCCUCAUCAAAUGGAGCAACUAGUGACUCCAGAAAGAAAUCAAGUGAAGCUGCAUUGAUCUUGAUUAGGCAUGGUGAAUCCAUGUGGAAUGAGAAAAACUUGUUCACAGGUUGUGUAGAUGUGCCACUAACCAAGAAGGGUGUGGAAGAGGCUAUUGAAGCUGGCAAAAGAAUCAGCAAUAUUCCUAUUGAUAUGAUCUAUACAUCUGCUUUGAUUCGUGCGCAGAUGACAGCCAUGCUUGCCAUGACUGAACACCGUCGCAAGAAGGUUCCUAUCAUUUUGCACAAUGAAAGUGAGCAAGCGAAAGCAUGGAGUCAAAUUUUCAGUGAAGAUACCCAUAAACAGUGCAUUCCAGUUGUAACAGCUUGGCAACUAAAUGAAAGAAUGUAUGGAGAAUUACAAGGUCUCAAUAAACAGGAAACUGCUGAAAGAUAUGGGAAGGAGCAAGUUCAUGAGUGGCGACGAAGUUAUGAUACACCUCCACCAAACGGUGAGAGCUUGGAAAUGUGUGCUGAGAGAGCUGUUGCGUACUUUACGGAACAUAUUGAGCCCCAACUUCUAUGUGGGAAAAAUGUAAUGAUUGCUGCACACGGGAAUUCACUGAGGUCAAUCAUCAUGUAUUUAGACAAACUGACUUCGCAAGAGGUUAUUAGCUUGGAAAUGAAGCAGGCGUUUAUGCUUACACUAAGAGGUUGGCUCAAUACAGGCAAAAGUUGGACGAGAAGUUUCAAUCUUAGAUUGGAGCUUGCCUUCCAUUCGGUUUCUAUGAACUGCUUCCUAUUCAAACUCUAA